AUGGAAGGAGGCAACAGUCCAAACCUGCAACUUCAGCAAUUGCCUUUGGCCACAGCAGCAGUUUCUGUGCAGCCACACACCGACUCCUUUUCUUACAAGGAGAACUUGAUUGGUGCAUUACUAGCUAUUUUUGGCCAUCUUGUUAUCAGUAUUGCACUCAACCUCCAGAAAUACAGCCACAUCCGACUGGCAGGUUCCAAAGACCCCCGAGCCUACUUCAAAACCAAGACAUGGUGGUGUGGACUGUUCUUGCUGGUGCUGGGUGAACUGGGAGUGUUUUCCUCUUAUGCCUUUGCUCCUCUUUCACUGAUCGUGCCACUCAGUGCGGUCUCUGUUAUAGCUAGUGCAAUCAUAGGAAUUAUAUUUAUUAAAGAGAAAUGGAAGCCCAAGGAUUUUUUGAGGCGCUAUGUUUUGUCCUUUGUAGGCUGUGGUUUGGCAAUUGUUGGAACUUACCUGCUGAUAACAUUUGGACCUAAUAGUCAUGAGAAGAUGACAGGAGAAAAUAUCACUAGGCAUUUAGUGAGCUGGCCAUUUCUGUUGUAUAUGCUUGUGGAGAUCAUUAUAUUCUGCCUGCUACUAUAUUUUUACAAGGAGAGAAAUGCAAACUACAUUGUAGUUAUUCUUCUGCUGGUAGCUUUGCUGGGUUCCAUGACUGUUGUGACAGUGAAGGCUGUGGCAGGGAUGAUUGUUGUCUCAAUCCAAGGAAACUUACAACUUGACUACCCCAUCUUUUACAUCAUGUUGGUGUGCAUGGUUGCUACAGCCAUCUUCCAGGCAACGUUUUUAGCUCAAGCCUCCCAGCUCUAUGACUCAUCUCAGAUCGCCAGCAUCAGCUACAUCUUGUCCACCACAGUAGCCAUCACAGCAGGAGCAACUUUUUACUUGGACUUCACCGGGGAAGAUGUUCUCCAUAUAUGUAUGUUUGCACUUGGGUGCCUCAUAGCAUUUCUAGGAGUCUUCCUGAUCACAAGAAACAGGAAGAAAUCUGUACCAUUUGAACCAUACAUAUCAAUGGAUGCUAUGCCAGGCAUGCAGAACAUGCACGAUAAAGGGAUUGCAGUUCAGCCUGACCUCAAAGCUUCUUUUUCCUACGGUGCCCUGGAGAACAAUGACAACACACCAGAAAUUUAUACUCCAGCUACACUGCCCAUCGUGCAGGAGCAACAUGGUUCCAAAGGAGUUUCUGCUCCACCCUAUCGGGUGCUGGAGCACAGCAAAAAGGAGUGA